AAUACUGAGAGAAGAAUUAGAAAUAUUAAGACAAUAUUUACCCCAUAUAUUUAAUAUUUUUGAGAUUUAUUCUGCAUAUUUAUUGUGAAAUGUGUCUGUUAAUUAGUGUUGCAGUGCAUCUUUCUAAUAUUACAACCAUUUUAGUUGGAAAUUGAACUUUAAUGGAUUUGUUUACAUUCUGAAAAGUGAAAGUUUUCGAUAUUUUCUUUUUUGACAUUUCGCCUAAAAAGGUGUUCUUUAAGGUUUCUGAAGUACUUUACUUUGAACAUAGAGUCUAAGUGGUAUUGAAAGGAACACAUUUGUUUGCAUUCAUGUUCAGGAAGAAUCAUUGGUGGUGGUAACAAGAUGUUUAAAAAUGAUUUUCAGGGUGGACCUUAUUUUGAAAUAUUUAGUGCACAAGGUAAAGAUUCCACAAGUAAUUGGAAAGUGUCAGGGGGUGUCAAAAAGAUUUAUGAAAAAGAUGUAAAAGGCUUUGUGUACAUAUUAGAAGGUUCCCCAGCUACAACCAAAUUAUCAACACCUAAAGAUUCAAAACAAUCAUUGACAUUAAUACAGCAUUAUUUAGUUUUACAAGUUUAUGUUGGUAAAGGACAAGAUUUCUCAAUUGAGUUAGGGUUAACAGAUACAGGAAAUAAUAAAAGGCGAUUAUUUUUGUCAACAUCGCAGAAAGAAACACAAGUUACACCUCUUCAUGCUAAAAUACCUCUUACUAUUCUAAGACGAGCAAUAUGGUUAAAUCUGUGUUUAGAUAUGAUAUCACUAGUAGGUGAUGUAUGGAAGGGUCAGACAUAUCGUUCUAUAGAACAGAUUACUGUAUCAGCUAACUGUCAUCUUAGACGAAUAUUUACAUUAAAAACACAACCUCCUGAUACUACAGAUGAUGAUGAACUGUAUGGUUGUUUUAAUUCUAAUGACACUGUAUUGGAAGCUAUACCUAAACAAUGUGUAUUGACAGGUGAUAUUACUCAACUUACACAAGUUUUAAAUUUAGAUAAAAUAAAACAUGCUGAAAGGUUGAGAGGUCAUUCUACAGGUGAACUAAGUCGUGGAACGUCCAUGUCAGAUAUAGAUCUGAAUGCAAGUAGUCAUAGAGCUGGUAAUAGUGACACUAGUUUUCGUAUAGCAUUUGGUGUUAGAGUUCCUGUUCCUGAUACUUCUCGUAGAUCAGGCACUGGAAAGACGGGUAGUACUAUAAAUAAAAGUUUUAGAUCUGAAAAAGAUGGGUUUGGAAGUGGAACUAAUCUGUCUAACAGUUUAUCCAGUCAAGAUGGUAGGACAAGAACUGGUUCGGGUAAAACAGAAACAAGUCCAACAGAGCAAAAAUCAACAAGUUAUCGUCACAUUAAUUCUGAUGAUGUAAAUAUAACUGAUGAAACUGACACAAUAAAAAAUAAUAAUAAAGUAACGCCACAUCCUCCUAGAGAACCAUCCAAUGACAGAGUUAGACGUCGACCGCGGGUUAAAACCCUUUCUGCUAAUGGAAUAAAUAAAGACAGACAAUCCAGUGCUGGUUCACUGAAAGAAGAAAACAUUACACCUGAAACAGAACAACCAUCAAUGUUAUUCAAAAAACCUACAGAUGUCUCGGUGAAAACGUUUGGUCGAAAAGUUCAUAGUGGUCAAGAUUCAAGAUCGAAUUCUGGAUCUAGACCUAAUUCUGGUUCAAGACCGAAUUCAAGUUCCAGACCAAAUUCAAGUUCCAGACCAAAUUCUGGGUCAAGGCCAAACUCUGGAUCUCAAGGCCAAGGCAGUGUUAAGUCAGGGUUGAGAAGUGUGGGUGAUGGUGAAGAUAGAUUUAAUCUGUCUGGUUUAUCAAGUUCAAAACAAACUGUUAAUAAAAUAUCAAAGGAUAAACCACCUUUUGAUCCAAAGAAAUAUUCUAACGGUGUUGGCUACGAGUCAGAUGAUGAGAUAUUAGAAGUUAUAAAUGCAUUAAAAUAUAAACUGGAUAAAAGUGGCAUAUCAUCUUCAUCAACCAGUUCUUCAGCACCAGGGGAAUAUGAAGAAAGUGAUGAUGAGGAGACAUCAGAAGUUGGAGGUCUCCAUGUUUUUGCCUCCCGUCCAACUACUGCACCAAGAAGAAAUAUUUCCCCAAAUACACAGACAAAUCCAGACAGCCCACAGUCAAAAAAGAGUUUUUCAAAGAGUUCAAGAUCUUUGCGGAAAUCACAGGCGGAUAUUUAUUCGGCACGUGGAGCCCGUCCAGAGGAUGAUUUUAUAAAUAGUCAAACAAGUAGUGAAGAAGAAGAUCAUCUGCAAAAAUCUCGAAAACCCAAUUCCCGUCCGACCAGUGGUACAUCUAGUACAGGUGCUAGUCCCAAAAAUAGAGAAAACCAAAGAACUGGAUCAGGUUCAAAACGAACACAUGUAAUACCGAAACCAUCCAGUAUAAGUCCCAAUCAUCGGAAUAUAGACUCAAAUCAACUUGGAAACAGCAGAUAUCAAUCAGGACAAAUCUCAAGAAUAAGUAUGCGAGCCUUGAAAGAAAUUACCAAAAACGACCCUAGACUAAAAUCAGAGAGAUCUUACGAUAAAAAUAAAUAUAAAAUAGCCGAUGUAACAGAUUCAUUUGAAGCCAACAUGUUUGCCAGUAUGCAGCGUCAACAGGAAGAAUCUAUGGAGGACGUGACCAAUGAGAGAAGAGAUAAUAUAAAGGUUGUGAUAAGUCCGCGGAGAUUGAAUCCUGGUAGACAUAAUAGCAAUAGUAACCAUCUUUUUAAUGAAUCACCAUCAACUACUAGUGAUGAUGAUACUAGUUUAAGUACAUGGAAAGCUCCUGCCCGAAACCAAAGAGGUUAUAAUAUACAUGAUGAAAUGAAAACACGACAAAGUAGUGAUACAUUAAUGUCUUCCAAUCCUAGAGAUUGGAGCAGUGUGUUUAGUCCACCUAUCAACCUACCGAACGACGUCAACAGUCAUUUAAGAAACUCCACAGACUUAAGUGACAGUAGUCUUUCUCCUAGGAAAGAUAAAUUUAGCCCGGGCAACACGUUAAAUAAUGUACCUGAGUUUUAUGACACAGAAGUAGAUGGAGAUGAACUUGAUUUAUUGUUUGAUUCAGAAUUAAACUGUUACUACGAUCCUAAAACACAUAAAUAUUAUGAGCUGUCCAUGUGAAUAAAGACAUGUCGAGUGUGAGGAUCUAAAAAUGUGUCCGGGGUCUUGCAAGUUUGCAAAAUGUUACAUCAGAAAUUUACAGUAUUAUUACAGUACAAUCUAAACUUGCAAAAGUUAUGCAUUCUUUCCCAUGUGAAAGAACGAUUCCUCUGAAGACAUUUUUGUGGUAAAAGUCAAUGUAAGCUUUGUUAAUCUGUUGAGAAAAUAAUUAUGACUGCUGGACAGACUUUAAUUAAAAGUCAUAAACUUUGUGGUAUAUGAGUUUCUGCAGAAAGACAUCACAAAAUCAGGGACAUGAACUAUCAUGAUUGUUGAACUGAUGAAAUAUGAACCAGUGUAGCAUUAGGGUUUUAGUAUUUUCAAAUAAAUUCAACCAAUUUGCUGACUGUUCAUUUUAGUCAAAUUGUUUUGUAUUGAAGGCAAUAUUAAUCAAUUAUGCAUAGAUUUUGACUUCCCCAUAUGCUCUUGUGAUUGGCUAUUUACAGGCUAAAGAUCUUCUAAAAUUAUAAGAUGGCAAGUCUGAAGUUCAUGAGAAAUAGAGAAAUUGAAAUUGGACCCAUGUUGCCAGAUAAAAUCUAAGAUGAACUGUCACUUUUCAUAAAAACUAGAAAGGACAUGUUGAUCUAUGAUUUGAAAUGUUGCAGAUAGGGAAGUAAAUGAUCUGUACAGUGUAAUAUUUUACACUAUAUUGAGUGCUUUAUAUUUAUAUAUGUACAUACAGAUUGGUUUAUCUUUAGUGCUGUGUUAUUGUACAUUUUUAAAUAAUAUAUGUCUGAAAGAUUAUUUUAGAUUUGAAUUGUAAAUACAGACAGUUUGUAAAUUAGGUUUGUUGAGGGGUUAUGUGUU